UUAUUGUCAUGAAACCGGUUUUGACUGGAGGAGCUGGAGCGUAUAAAAACUGUUGCAGAGCUCGUGUUGUUUUUGUACUAGCGGAAGUUUAAUGUAAGCUGUGGAUCGACUCUUUAUGCGACAAUAGGUCACUCAAAAUAAGAAUAUCUAUCUAAAAAUGAUACCCUGCUAAUUAUUUCGGUUUUUUGUGUGCAUUAUGACCAAUGUGCCAUACAAUGUUCUUCUUAAUGGCAUGCAUUAGCAUACCUGUCCAAUACAUCUGAAGUUCACUUUGCUAAUCAAGGCUAACUGACAUAAAGAUACAAAAUACUAGGACCUAAUAGCAAACAGGAACUGUAAGAGAGACCUUAAAGACUGACCCCGAAGAUGACAAAUCAGAGCUCUGCUAAGGCAUUGGCUGGUGGUUGGGGCUGGGUCAUUGUGGUGGCAUCUUUCCUGUGCCAGUUUCUGGCCUACGGUUCCCCUAUGUCUGUUGGCGUGCUGUACCCAGAAUGGCUGGAUACUUUCAGACAAAGCAAAGGCAUGACUGCUUGGAUCGGUUCUCUGGUGUCUGGAUUCGGGUUGAUUGCAAGUCCUAUUUGCAGUGCCUGUGUGACAAACUUUGGAGCCAGACCGGUCACAGUUUUCAGUGGGGUUAUGGUGUCUGGGGGCCUGAUGCUAAGUGCAUUUGCUCCCAGUGUUCAAUUUCUGAUUUUCUCCUAUGGAACAGUUGUUGGUAUGGGAUGUGGUUUGGUAUAUGCUGCUACAGUGACCAUCACUUGCCAGUAUUUUGACAAGCACCGAGGUCUUGCACUUGGAAUAAUAACAACAGGUACAAGUGUUGGAGGUUUCAUUUGUGCAACUUUUCAGAAAGUGCUUGUGGAACUGUAUGGACUUGAGGGAUGCUUGCUAAUAAUGGGAGCGCUGGCACUCAAUAUUAUGGCAUGCGGGGGUCUAAUGAGGCCUCUGAAUUUUCCAGAAUACUUCCUGAAACAGAAAGCAGCACUAGAACGCACAACAGAGCAAAAAGAUACACACCAUGAGAAGCCUCCUGUUAAAGAAGAAUCCAUCAACAAAAAUACUUUAUCGAGUAUGGGAAAAGGGUUAACAGUGAGCGACCUGCUGAUGAGUAGUGACACUAAAGACCCGUUAUCUUAUGAAAAGAACUUCCUGGGAAGUUCUUCCCUUGUAAAAACGAUCAAGAACAAUAAGCACACUUACUCAAAGUACAUAGACACGACCGCUGAGCUGCUGCAGGACAGAGUGUUUGUGGCCCUUUGCAUGGCUAUUUUUCUGUUUGAUAUUGGCGCAUUCCCACCUGUGCUGUUCAUAGAAGAUGUUGCCAGGAGUUCAGGCCACAGUGAUGGCACCUGCCUUGUACCUCUGGUUUCUAUCGUGGCUGUCAUGGCAGGAGCUGGCAAGCUGAUUUUAGGCAUACUGACAGAUUGUAAGUUUGUGAACAGUUUGUACCUGUACACUUUCACAAUAGUUGGAAGUGGAGUUGCACUGCUUGUAACUCCGAUUGCAAAGAACUACGCUGCACUUGCAGUACUUUCUGGGGUGUUAGGGUUUUUUUCUGGCAACUGGUCAAUUUUCCCUUAUGUGACCACCAAAAUCGUGGGGAUGGACAGACUAACACAUGCCUAUGGAAUUCUUAUGUUCUUCGGUGGAUCUGGAAUUGUACUAGGGCCCCCAGUCGUAGGCUGGAUCUAUGACUGGACAGAAUCGUACAACAUGGCAUUCUUCUUCAGUGGAGCCUGUGUGCUGCUAGCUGGAUUUAGCUUGUUGCUGGCAGCACUGCCUUGCUGGGACAAACCCAAGAAGGACCACCCCAGACCUGAUAUCAAAUACACUAGCAACUGUGACAAAGUUGCAUCUGUAGCUUAGAUAACAUUUUUAUAUAUAUUUUGGGAAAAUUAUAUUUUUAUGCCAAAAACAUUGGAGCCAAUUUAGUACUGUCUUCAGAUUUUUUCUUUUUUUAAAUAUAGGAAAACACUAGAUUUCACACUGUACAUGUGCAAUUUUAAAAGAGAAACAAGCAUGGUCCUAUCAGACAUGAGAUUUCAAAUUUGAAUGGUCUUUUCCAUAAGGGAAAGAUAUUUAUGAUCUAUUUGUCUCAUUUUAAGAGGCUUUUCUGUAGUCAUGUAUCUGUUAAGACAGGGAUUCUCAAACUUCUUUUGCUGGGCCCCUUUGGAAAUGUAUCAGGCUGUGACGACCCCGCAACAGUGUGACAUCAUAUGAAAAUACUGUAGAUACGACAUAGGAAUGCUAAGUGAAGCAAGGGCAUGUUGUAAGUCAAAAGAGCUCGAAGUACUUGCAAACAAAGCGUUUGCCAAUGAUUGUGGCAAUAACCCUAACAUUGUCCAAGGAUUGUGGCAAAUUGAGAAACAGUGUGAAACACAAAAAACCCUGAACAUUAUAUACUAUAUACGCAUACAAAACAAGCAUCUGGACACUUAGUAAACAGGAGGUCUGGCUUCAUAAUGCAUCAUUUACUGUAUAUUAAGUGUAUAUGUGCUAUAAUAUAAUGCUAAGGUUCUUAAGGUUAUGUCAGUAUUUUUUUUGAUCACAUGAUCCCCCCUUAUAGUGCCAUUGCGACCCCAUUUUGGGUCUUGACCCCCAGUUUGAGAAAUGCUGUAUUAAGAGAUGACAAAAUGUAGUAGAUCUUGUUUACUGCAAUGACAGUUUGCUGUAAUAUGUAUAUGUCAGUGUGUGUGUGUGUCUGAGACUACAACUAACCAGAAUAGGUUAGUUAUCAUACACAUAAGUAAUUCUAUACUGUCAAGUAAAUGUUUUAAACUAUUUUUGCAGAAUAACAAAAAAACAGAAUAGCCUUUUAAUUGUUGAUAUUUUGUAUUGAUAUCCAUUGCUGCAAUUAUGCAGCUGUUGAAGAACAACAAGAGUAUGCCUUCUCGUACUGUGGAAUAUAACAAUGCGCAUUUAGAAAACCUGCCUUGUGGCUGUGUGUACAUUUUGAAAGAAUAUUGUUUUUUGUUUUUGUGAUAAAAAGCUUAUGUUCCAAAAAGAAGAAAAAAAAAAUCCCAGAAAAACGUUUAUUGCUUUUGUAGCUGUGUAGCAUUUAGAUUGUAUUUUCCCAUUCCAGAUUUUAAACCUGUACUUUUCAUGUUUUAAGGUGCCCCGCCCCUGUGCAUAUUAUGUGUUGAAUAUGCAUUGGUGCAUGGGAUAUAAUGUGGGGUUAGGUAGCAUGAGUUUUGUUAAUGCAUGUGUGUAUUUAGACAUGAGGAUGGCACAAUCACUUCACGUGUAUGGAGGGAGAUCAGUGUCAAAAAUAUUUGUAUGCAUAAAAAGAAUUUGUACUUGUAAUUACAGGUACAAAUCAAAAAUGAGUACAAUAAAAAAAAAAUUACGAGUACAAAUCCUAAAUACGAGUACAACAGGAUAUUCUAAAACACUUAACAUCGCUUAAUGUACUAAGGAAUGCAGCUACGAAGACCGAAUUUGGCACAAUAUUAGCCCAGAGUUAAAUAUAUGGUAUAUAGAUUAUGUGACUGUAUAUGAAGAGGAAAUAAUAUAAAACCCACAUUGAGCCUCGUUUUCCCAUUAUAAAAACAUGCUUAACGUGGUUUAAUGUAUCCAACUCUAUUGCUACAAACUCCAAACUUGACACAAUGUUACUUGUACAAUAGAGGAAACUAUCCACAUACAGUGCCUAUAGAAAGUCUAUACCCCCUUUCAAAUUUUUCACCUUUUGUUGCCUUAUAGCCUGGAA